AUGCACUAUUUGAUGGUACUUGUCCUGAUUGCACUUUUGGCCAUGGCCUUUGUGAACGCAAGCCCAGUUCCGGAUCCAAACGGAGAUGUGCUCGUCAUCGUCAACCAAAAUCUACCAGAUUGGACCACAACUACGGCCGCCUAA